CUGAUAACCGCGUUUAAAAUUUUAAAACUUAAAAACGCCAAACAUCACUGUUAACAUUGAAAUACAUAAAAAACCUCUUCGGACUUUAGCUCUGCAUCUGAAGAGCUUAAGCGCCAUGCGGAUCAUCAGUUGGAAUGUAAACGGCCUUUACAACACACUGAAAGAUGCUGCAUAUCGAUAUGAUUCAGUAUCCAAUUACUUUUGUAACUGUCUUCGAGCUGAAAUUAUCUGUUUUCAGGAGGCAAAGAUUCAAAGAAUCUCAGAGGCAAAGAUUCAAGAGGAAAAGUUGGAAAAGUGGAUGGCUUGUGUUCCUAAAUUUGAGUCCUUUUGGGCAUUUUGUUCUGUAAAGAAAGGAUAUAGUGGUGUGGUUACAUAUGUUACGGAAAACUGUUCACCUUUAGAUGCAAAAGCAGAUUUCUUGGGUGAUCUAGACGGUGACUUAGAUGGAGAUUUAUGCAAAGAAGGCCGGAUUAUGGAAACAGACCAUGGCAGUUUUGUUCUGAUCAAUGUAUAUGUGCCAAAUACUGGUGUACAUCCAGGCAUCCAUUCUCGACUAAAUUUUAAGCUUUGUUUUCUCAAAGCUUUAAAAAACAGAUGUGAUGAACUUCUGAACUCAGGAAAGGAGAUAGUUAUUUUGGGAGAUUUUAAUGUUGCUCAUAGAGAUAUUGAUGUGUUCAGAGACUGGAAUAUUCAUGACAUUUACUCUUCAGAGGAGUUAUCAUGGAUUGAUGAGUUUUUCAAAGAUUAUGUGGAUUUAUUCCGGUUUUUCCAUCCAAAUGCAAGAGAUGUCUUUUCAGUUUGGAAUGCACGGAAAGAGGCAAGAAUACACAAUGAAGGACUUAGGAUUGACUAUGCUGCAUGCAGUAGAGGAUUUUUGGAUCAGGUAAUAGAUGUGGAGAUUGUGAAGAUGGUGCCUAAGAGUUGGAGUGACCAUGCUGCUAUAGUGCUUACUUUGAAAGAACAACCAUCUUUACCUGUACACCCUAUACCUGCUCUUAGCUCCCGGAGAAUGAAAAGGUUCAAAGAGGAUACCGGGCAGACAAAGCUUACUGCUCUUUUUGGUGGGCGUUCACUGAAGUCGAUGUCACCUAACCAGAAGGAAGUUGUGUCUAAGGAAAAUCAAAACUGCCAAUCCUUAAAAAGCAAAAAUAACACAUGGGAAAGGGAUGUAGACUGCAGAGAAGGACAUAUUGAAAGCUCAAAUGAAGUAUCAAACAAAAGCAUAAAAGACAAUCUUGAUGUAAAUAACUUGUGUGGCUCAAAGGAAACAAGUCCUCCACAUUUAUCUACAUUAUUUACAAAUGAGAACCUCUCUGUAGAUGUAAACAAUGUAUCAGAGACACAUCUGGAUCAGUCAAUUGAUUCUGAACUUGUGGAGAAAUUUGAUAAAGAGCAUACAAUGGGAUCUCAGUUAACACAUGCUUUAUCACAGAAAUCCAUAUUCUUGGACACUGAUGAAGUGUUCAUAAGUGAAAACGAAAACAAUCAGUUAAUUGAAUCAGAACAGCUUAUCGCUAAUAUUAUCCCAGCCUCAUUAGAUCACACAGACAGCUCAUCAAUUGGGGAGGCAUGUGAUGAGAUGAACAGAAAAUUCAACAGACUUGCUGAAGCUAAAAUUCCUACAGAAACUAAUGUUCCAAAGAACACCUUGAGAGAGCCAUCAGCUUCAACUCAACAGAAAUCCCAGGUUUCAAAGAAACGCAAACCAGCAGAAAUUUUAGCAGGACAUACUGUUAAGCAAAAGGGACUCAAGAGUUAUUUCAAAAUACAGAAUGGUUAAUCCACAUUAAGUUGCAUUUUGAAUUGAAUAUGCCUCUGCUUUGCAUCUUGGCUUGUGUGGCUUUAUGAGAAGGCAGGCAGCUUAAGGUCUUGCCAGAUAUGCGAGGGAGUGUAAUUAACAGAGGUCCGAAUGUCUGAUGAUGCUUAAAUGUCAAUAAAAUGUGUAAGAAAAUCAUUUCUCAAGCCUAUUCCAUAAAAAGCUCGAAGUUUUGGGUACUUAUCUAUAGAAAUAUUAUUUUUGACAUGCCCAUUGCAAGCUCUAGUUAACUAAGCAAUUUUGAGCUGAUUUAAAAAUUACAACUUAUUUUUUGUGAAUGGGGAAUUUAUGUAUAAAUUUUACUUGGCUUAUCAAAGCCGUUAAUCCUCAGAUUCAUUUUGUGAUUGAUAUUUUUCA